AGAUCCGCGCUGGGCUAUAAACGUGCGGAGGAAUACACUAUUUGGGGGUGUGUGCGGCGGGGUUGAGUAGCCAUUUUGAGAUGAUAUCGCUGUUGAGAAAUCCUGUGAAGAUGCUGAAAUCAACGAACAUGGUUACAACACAGAUUGUUUCUCCCUCCGUCUCCUCUCUUCUUUCACCAUGGCAGCUGUCAACCGACGGGACAUUAGCAAAGCGGGGUAUCGAGCUGUGCUCACAGAGUUAAAACGUCAUUGGUAUGAAAGAGGAGAGUGUCUGUACACUGUCUCUGUCGAGACAUGAAACACCAGAGGAUGGCGAGUUGGAAGAUGGAGAAAUUGACGAUGAGGGAAUCGGGAUAGAGGAGGAAAACAAAGAGGCUUCAGAGGUGACUGAUGACAAAGAAAAGCAAAAGGAGAAGGAACGCGACAAAACAAAAGAAAAAGAAGAAAAGUCUCACAGGUACUCACGGAAACGCUACAAAAAGACCAGAGAGAAGAGAAGGUCGAAAAGGAGGAGACGGGAAAGACAGAAACAUCACUCAUCUUCGAGCAGUUCCACCUCUGACAGCUAUGGCUCCGACUACGACCGUCCAGAGAAACCUAAAAACCGGCAGAGUCAUGGAUCUGGACGCGAUUGUGACCUCCAGAACCCUCAGCAUGGAAGAGACCAGAAAGGGUCGCGUGGCAACUUGCACAAGUCCCCGCCUCGCAAAAGCAUCAAUUUUGAAAAAUACAGUGAUGACAACUAUGACUAUGAAGACGAGGAGGAUCAUUAUGAGGAUGAGUCCCAGUACCUCCAGUCUAAAGAUACAACAUCCGGCAUGGGAAAAGGCCGCUAUGCGAAGGAGCAUAUGGGGAAGAGGGGAAACACGAGGGGUAUGAAACAACAAUUUGGGCAGAGAGGAAGAGGCAGAGGGAGUGGACCUGGAAGAGGACGAGUGAUGCUCAAGAACAAGAAGAUGAAGGGGGGGAAACCCUGGAUGGGACGCGGCGGGCGAGGCAGAGGGGGUGACCAGGACAUGGAAGACAUUGCUCCUGAAGUAAAAAAUUCUGGUUUUCAGAAGAAGCGCCUGAUUAUGAGCAAAGAAUUCAUCAGUCAACACACAGUAGAACACAAUGGAAAAUACAUUUGCAAGUACUUCCUGGAGGGUCGAUGCAUUAAGGGGGAGCAGUGUAAGUUUGAGCACGAGCUGGUCAUCCCAGAUAAGAAGAAGGAGCUUUGUAAGUUCUACCUCCAGGGAUACUGCAGCAAAGGAGACCAUUGCAUUUACAUGCACCGUGAAUAUCCAUGCAAGUUCUUUCACACUGGAGCCAAAUGCUAUCAAGGGGACAACUGCAAAUUUUCCCAUGAUGCUCUGACUGAUGUGACGAAAGAGUUGCUCGAUAAGAUCAUUAAUACAGAGGAGGAAAUUGCCCGUGAGGAUGAAUUGGAGCUGGAGGACCUGAGAAAACAGGGCAUUGCUCCACUUCCAAAGCCGCCUCCAGGUGUGGGCUUGCUCCCCACGCCGGGUCAGAGCAGCCCGACAGAUGAAUCUUCUCAGGCAGGGAAGAUACCCUCCCUCUUCGAAAUUAAGGUUCAACCUACAGUCAACCUGGCACAGAAGAUUGGGUUAAAUGAGUCCAACUACCAGGAUCCCAAUGAAGGCACUGACCAGUUCAGUGGCAGACCAGAGGAAACACAAAGUGGAGCUUUGGUGUCUUCAGGCUCUGAUGCUACCACAGUGCCUUCGUUAGGGUCACCAGGUACCGUGGGUUACCCAACAGGACCACCCACAAGUGACCAGAGCCCUCCUGGACAGCAGCUGCCACAUGGAUACCCAAUGCAGCAGCCAAUUCCACCUGGUCAGCCGCCAGUGUUUCACGGUAAUAUAAACCGUCAGAUGAAUAUGCAGAGGCCUCCAUUCCCCGCAGUACCAGAACUACAGAUGCUGCAGAGCCUCUUCCCUUUUCCAUCGUUGGGCCAGAACCCACUUGAGCUCCUCAGCAACUUACUCCAGAACCAGCCAGUGGGCCAUCAAGUGGAACCUGGGAUGAACCAGGUACAGAACCUCCAGCAGCAGAUAGGUCCAGAUGUCCAGUUGCAGUCUUUACCUUCAGCGGUGCAGAAAGCCAUCAUUCUACACCUGACUCAGCACCAACCAGAGUCAAAGCCACAUGAGAGCAAUCCACAGAGGGCAGAUAGUCAAAGUGACAAGAAUACUAACAGAGAUGAAACAACAAACUGGUAUUCCAGCGACGAAGACGGUGGGAGUAGUGUUGCUUCCAUUCUAAAAUCUCUGAAGAGGCAUAAUGAGAUGCAGCAAUCCAAGACCCCAACACUAGCCCCUGCAGCACCCCUGGGUGACCCUCGACUUGUCAAGGACAGAACACACCCAAGUGACCCACGUGUGAAGGCAGACCCUCGGCAGAGACCUCCUGAUAUGAACAAGGUGUCUGAUGCAGGUUUGGAUCCACGACUCUCCAGAGACCCUAGGAAACCGAGACCUAUGGAGUCCAGCUUGGACCGUCAGCAGAAUCAGUCAACUGGCCUAAAAAAGCCCACUGGAGAUGAGGAUGAUGAAAGGGAGAGGGAACUGAGAGAGAGAGCGGCCCUCAUCCCGUUGGAGGCCAGUCCGGGUGUGGUGCUGCAGGACCCCCGCUGCCAGCUGAAGCAGUUCAGCCAUAUUCGGGUGGACAUUCUGCUUCAACGGCCGGCCUUCGCCCAAACGGUGGUCUGGGCUCCUGAAGACCUGAUCCCAUCUCUAAUACCCAAACAGGAGCACUCCAUCAAUUUACCCCUGCCACCUCUAAUCGCUGAUGCUCAGAUGAACAGAACAAGUGUGCCGGAGCACCCCCCCACCUCCAGCCCUCCACCGACUGACCCCAGAUUGGCGGCUGCUCGUUUAAAGGAGCGCCUCACUCGUCUGCCGUCUGGAUCCUCAACAGAGAGACCUGUUGAUCCACGUCAGCAAAAGAAUUUAGACCCCAGACUCAAGCGUACAGUGAGUCUGGACUCCAAGAUGCUUGGUCAGAAGGAAGCCUGUGCAGAGACAAGAGUUGCGGAACCCAGGUUGCAAAAGACCAGCACUAGCGCCUCCCUUUCCGAGAGGCUGCCACCCUAUGCCCCUCGGCUGUCGUCUUCUGGGGGGAUCCUGGAAAGCCCCACGACAAUCCUGGGAGGCAUCAGUCUGUAUGAUCCCCGUAAUCAGACCGAGCCAAUUCAGAAGGAUCAGGUAGACCCACAUAAAAAAGUGGGCAUUCUCAAACAUCCAGUGAAGAAAGACACUCCUUCAACACUACCCACCUCACCAAGUCAACGUCGUGUCUCUUUGGAGGAGACAAAACACACAGAUGGUGCCUCUGAUCACUAUCAGACCGCACACGAUAGUUCAUCCCCACUUCCCCAGGACCCGAUCCUCACCCCCCACGCAGUGCAUAAUCUGCCUGUCCAGGCUCUGGCAGGCUUGAUCAGACCGCAGUAUGCUGACGCCAGGCAGGCCAAACUGGCAGGACUAGUUUCUGCAGGGGUACAAGAGGAUGCGGAAGAACAGAAAGAAGUUCCGGUGGAGGAACCUAUGCAGACGAAUGAGGAGGAGCUCGAAGACAGGACGCUCAAAGAUGUCUUCAAGACCUUUGACCCCACAGCUUCUCCUUUCUCCCAGUAAACUGCAUUUAAUUUUUAUAUUGGUGGCACAUGCCAAUCACUAUUUAGCUUUAAAUCUAUUUAUUUAUGUACAUUCACUUUAUACACACUAAAAUGGUAUAGAUGUGAGGAUGUUAGCAUCUGUGGUUAUUUAGUUUAGUUGAUUGAUUGUGGAUUUGUCAGAAAGAUAUGAGCUGAUAGAAACACAAAUUCCAACAAUUCUUAUCCCUUUUGUCUUUCUACAACCCCAAUUCCAAUGAAGUUGGGACGUUAAACAUAAAUAAAAACAGAAUACAAUUUUAAUACAAUUUGAAAAUCAUGUUCAACCUGUAUUUAAUUGAACACACUACAAAGACAAGAUAUUUAAUGUUCAAACUGAUCAACUUUAUUGCUUUUAGCAAAUAAUCAUUAACUUGGAAUUUUAUGGCUGCAACACGUUCCAAAAAAGUUGGGACAGGGUCAUAUUUACCACUGUGUUACAUCACCUUUUCAUUUAACAUUCAAUAAACAUUUGGGAACCGAGGAACACUAAUUGUUGAAGCUUUGUAGGUGGAAUUCUUUCCCAUUCUUGCUUGAAGUACAGCUUCAGCUGUUCAACAGUCCGGGGUCUCUUUUCAAUGGGAGACAGGUCUGGACUGCAGGCAAGCCAGUCUAGUACCCGCACUCUUUUACUACGAAGCCACGCUGUUGUAACACGUGCAGAAUGUGGUUUGGCAUUGUCUUGCUAAAAUAAGCAGGGGCGUCUAUGAAAAAGACAUUGCUUGGAUGGCAGCAUAUGUUUCUCCAAAACCUGUUUGUACCUUUCAACAUUAAUGGUGCCUUCACAGAUGUGUAAGUUACCCAAGCCAUUGGCACUAACACAGCCCCAUACCAUUACAGAUGCUGGCUUUUGAACUUUGCGUCCAUAACAGUUCGGAUGGUUCUUUUCCUCUUUCGCCCGGAGGACACGACGUCCACAAUUUCCAAAAACAAUUUGAAAUGUGGACUCGUCGGACCACAGAACACUUUUCCACUUUUCAUCAGUCCAUCAUAGAUGAGCUCGGGCCCAGAGAAGCCGGCGGCAUUUCUGGGUGUUGUUGAUAAAUGGCUUCUGCUUUGCAUAGUAGAGUUUCAAGUUGCACUUAUGGAUGUAGCGUUGAACUGUAUUUACUGACAUUGGUUUUCUAAAGUGUUCCUGAGCCCAUGUGGUGAUAUCCUUUACACCUUAAUGUUGGUUUUUGAUGCAGUGCCGCCUGAGGGAUCGAAGGUCACGGGCAUUCGAUGUUGGUUUUCGGCCUUGCCGCUUACAUGCAGUGAUUUCUCCAGAUUCUCUGAACCUUUUGAUGAUAUUAUGAACCGUAGAUGAUGAAAUCCCUAAAUUCCUUGCAACUGUACGUUGAGGAACAUUGUCCUUAAACUGUUCGACUAUUUUCUCACACACUUGUUCGCAAAGAGGUUAACCUCGCCCCAUCUCUGCUUGUGAAUGACUUGAGCAAUUCAGGGAAGCUCCUUUUAUACCCAAUCAUGGAACCCACCAAUUCCCAAUUAGCCUGUUCACCUGUGGGAUGUUCCAAACAGGUGUUUGAUGAGCAUUCUUCAACUUUCUCAGUCUUUUUUGCCAUCUGUCCCAGCUUUUUUGAAACGUGUUGCAGCCAUAAAAUUCUAAGUUAAUGAUUAUUUGCUAAAAGCAAUAACGUUGACCAGUUUGAACAUUAAAUAGCAUGUCUUUGUAGUGUGUUCAAUUAAAUACAGGUUGAACAUGAUUUGCAAAUCAUUGUAUUCUGUUUUUAUUUAUGUUUAACACAAUGUCCCAACUUUAUUGGAAUUGGGGUUGUAUUUCCCGACAGUAUAGUUAUACUUGCAAAGUGAGAUGGUCCUUUUACUACAUUUACUGUCUUUAAAUGUGUUAAAACUGAUUGUUCUGUUUAUAUGGUCUACGUGUUCAGGUUUUAAUGCCCAUUAAACAUUUCAUAAAAUAUUUUCUAGUAACAAGCUUGUAAUUAACACUACACAUAAUAGGUGUAUGUCAAUAAAUUAGAAUAUUGUUCUGUAGUUCAGAUCCAAAAGUUUUAUAAUUGUGAUGAUUAUAGCUUCCAGCUAAAACCCAAAAUUAACCUUCAAGAAAUUGGAAUAUUACUUAAGAAACAAACAAAAUUAUUUUUAAUAUAGAAAUUACAUAGGAAUUGGCCUUCUUAAGGAUAUUUUCCCAUGUCUAAUGAAUCUGUGAGUUUGCCUUAUUAAAUUAAACUGCUAAAUGUAUUUAGAUGCAUUUGUAAUUAACACUCGUUUUACAUAUGUUUUUAUAUCAGACGCGUUGCCUCAAAAUGAGUUCAUAUUUGAAACUUAAGCCAUAUUGGAAAUUUUUUGUAUUGUUUUGACAACCAUUGAAAUUACAUGUUCAUUGUAUUUGUAUUUCUGGAUGACCUUUGUUUUCUGUGCACAUUUGAUCAGCUUUUAAAUACAGUGCACUGUAUAUACUGUAUCUUAAUAUGAAUUAAAUGUUUACACCACAACAGACAAAAUAGCAUUGAGUGGGAGUUGAUUUCACUCCAGCUGCUUGACAGUUGGAUAUGUGAACCACUACCCUGCAACAUAAAAUGUU